UUGUCGUUUUUUUCGUUCAAUCAAAAAGCCCUAAAAUUCUAUUUCUACUUAUUUCUUCAGCGUUCUCAAUCCACACACCGCUCCCAAUCGCUUUGCAAAGUUGUAAUCUUUCUCUCGAUCCAGUUUGAAUCGGAUCGAAAUCGUUAUUGGGUUUUGGAUUUUGCGCACUAAUCACUAAUGGCUUCAUCAAGAACCGCAACCAAGGACAUCAUCACUCUGCGUGGCUCCGCCGCCAUUGUCAGCGAGUUUUUUGGCUAUUCAGCGAACAGCAUUUUGUACAAUCGAGGAGUGUAUCCUGAAGAGAGUUUUGUCAAGGUCAAGAAAUAUGGGCUGCCUAUGUUGCUCACCCAGGAUGAGGGUCUUAAAUCUUUUCUGGCCAAUCUGACGUCCCAGCUUUCUGAAUGGCUGGAGUCUGGCAAGUUACAGAGGGUUGUUCUGGUGAUCAUGAGCAAGGCUACUGGUGAGGUUCUAGAGAGGUGGAAUUUUAGUAUUGAGACCGACAGUGAGGUUGUCGAGAAGGGUGUUUCAAGGGAAAAGAGUGACAAGGAGAUUAUGAGGGAGAUUCAAGCAAUCAUGAGGCAGAUUGCUUCUAGCAUUACUUACCUGCCAUGCCUUGAUGAACCCUGUGUUUUUGAUGUUCUGGCAUACACUGAUAAGGAUCUUCAAGUCCCAUUCACUUGGGUGGAGAGUGAUCCCAAACUGAUAGCCAAUCCACAAAUGGUGAAACUGCAUUCCUUUGACACCAAGAUUCACAAGGUGAACACUCUGGUAUCCUACAAGAAUGACGAAUGGGAUGAGGAAUAGGAUCUGGUAUCCUACAAGAAUGACGAAUGGGAUGAGGAAUAGGAUUCCAUUUGUCCUCCUAGACUUUGGUGUUGUGAAUCUUUCUGUUCACAUUUUGUUAAUAGUUCGAAAAGUUGAUGCUGAUGUACUAGUACUAUCUAUUUGCAAGAUGUUCUCAGUAAGAUGAAUGUUAUCAAAUUUUUCGGGUGCAUGUAUAAUAUGUGAGUUUG